AUGGAGUUGCUAUUAGAGAUCACGAAAUUGCAAGCCGUGAAUCUAGCCAUAGGUUUCUUAAUGCAAUCCGAUGCACUUAUUAAAAUUGAAGUUGAAGGGUCAUUAAACGUUGCCACAAAACAGUCUCAGAAAGGGGAUCUUCACUUUUUCGCAACUAAACCACAAGAAUUUGAAUGA